AUGGCUGUGUAUUCCUGCCGUUGCAUCAAUGUUAUCAUUUUUGCAGAGAAAGUUAAGGUAGAUGCAGAUAUCAUGGAGACCUGCCCUUUAGACUCUUCUAGUGAAUCGGUAAAUCUGGUUGAUCAAGGAUUUAAAUUUAGCCACAAGUGUCUAGUUCACCGUUUUCGAGAGAAUGACUGGACUGUUUACAUUUGUGUCCCAUGUCUGAUGCGAACACAUGCUGUAAACAAAAAUGCUAGAGUUGUGGUUGUCAGCUCAAGAAUGAAGAAAGGUGAAGAAGCCAUAGAGAGGAUUAAGAAAGAUGCAGACUUCUCUCCAGUGUUUAAUAUUCUACUGCGUGACAGAGAUGAAAAACAGAGAAAUGCCGGUGGUGUUCAGCCACAAAGCUAUGAUGCUCUGCAGAAGCAGUUAGUGGACCUUCAGAAUGUCUUAUCUAAUUAUCUCAAGCAGGAGGAGGAGGCCAUGGAGAGAAGAAUAAGUGAUUAUGAGGAGAAAGAAAGACUGAUUAUGUUAUUUCACAACUGUGGAAGCAGCAACACAAAUGGAUCCGCAGACAGGAGUUCCCUGAGGAAACAUGCUCUUCUGAGCCAUUCCAGGAGUGCAAACGAAUGUGAGGAUGAAGAAAGCGCACACAAUCAGAGGAAAAAACAAAGCAGACGGAGACGAGAUUCAAGUCCAGAUGUUUUUGUCAUGGAUGGAAUUGAUAAUGAUGAGAUGGAUGAAGACUUUGAGAGUAAAGACGCAGUAAGGACAUCUGAGAAAAAAAGGCCAGGGAAGCUAAAAGAAUCAUACGUGAAGAAGUUUGGAAAGCUACAGGCAUUUACUCUCGACACCACAGAUGAGCCUGAAAAUGAGCAUAACAUGGCAGCCAUGUCAACCUCCAUGCCAAUUUCUGUUCCUGCACAUUUUCGGAAUCUCAGAAACAUUUCCUAUAUUGAUAAUGAUUUUGAGGAAUCAGCUGAAUUUGAUGAUAUUCCCAAAAAUAUGCAAGCAUUAUCAGAGAGCAUACAAGAACGAGAUCGCUACAUAUUUGGUGAUCGUCCCCGCCAGCGGGUACAUACGGGAGAUUUUACUCAAGUAAACUGGCAUUAG